AUGAACACGAUAUUAACAACAGAACAAAAAUUACUUGUUGAAACCAUCACCAAAAUUGUUCAAGAGCAAGUAGAUAUUGAGGCGCUACGACGUUACCGUGACGACCGCAGUUUACCAGGCUAUGACCCAAAACUUUGGCAACAAUUAGCAGAGUUAGGCUUUUUAGGACUGGCAAUUCCGGAAACCUAUGGUGGCGCAGAUUUAAGUUUUUUUGAAGUUUGCUUACUCUUAGAAGCGACUGGUAGUAAAUUAAUGCCAGAGCCCCUUUUAUCAACGACUAUUCUAGCAACGGAACUCUUAAAAAUGGCUGGCAAUAAAACGCUGUGUCAAGAAUUCCUGCCAAAACUUGCUACCGGCAACCUGAUCAUAACCCUUGCCCACCAAGAACAAGAAAGUCACUAUAAUCGCUACCAUAUUGAGGCGACUGCCAAACGUGAAGGGGAUACCUACACGCUAAACGGCCGUAAAACACACGUUUUAGACGGCCAUAUAAGUGAUACCUAUAUUAUGUUAUUUCGCACAGGUGGCCAGACUCAAGACCGCGAUGGUCUGACACUAUUUCUUGUCCCAAAAGAUCAGACGGGCCUAAAGGUAACCAGGCAGCACCAAAUUGAUGGCCGCAAUACCGCCAUCAUCGAAUGUACAAAUAUAAUCGUAAAAGAGAGCGCACGUUUAGGGUCAGAAAAUGAGGCAGCAACGCUACUUGACCCUAUUUUUGAUCUCGCAACGAUUGCACUAUCGGCUGAGAUGCUGGGGGCUGCACAAGCAGCUUUUGAUUUAACACUGGAUUAUUUAAAAGAACGCCAGCAAUUUGACCAGCCAAUUGGAGCCUUUCAGGCAUUACAACAUCGGGCUGCGCGCCUAUUUGUAGAUCUAUCCUUAGCACGAUCUGCGGUUUUAACAGCAGCUGCAGCAGCGGGAAAUAAAAAUCAAGAUCUUGCACUCUUCGCCUCUCUAGCAAAAGCAAAAAUGACUGACACCUUUGAACGAAUUACCAGUGAAGGUAUCCAAAUGCAUGGUGGUGUUGGUGUGACAGAUGAAUAUGAUAUUGGGUUUUACUUUAAACGGGCUCGUGCAGCAGCUACCCUAUUUGGCGAUGCUGCCUGGCAUAAAAACCGCUUAGCAACACUAAAAGGAUAUUAA